CCAUCCCCUCCCCGCCCGUGGGCGGGCGGAGCCGGCGGUGCCGCGGGGCCCCCAUGGCGGCGGCAGCGGAACGCACGGACGAGCUGGUGCGGGAGUAUCUGCUCUUCCGAGGCUUCACCGCCGCCCUGAAGCAGCUGGACGCUGAAAUCAAGGCGGACCGGGAGAAGGGUUUUCGGGUGGAUAAGAUAGUGGACCAGCUGCAGCAGUUUGUUCAGAGCUACGAUCUGGCUGCCCUGCGGGAUUACUGGAGUUAUCUGGACCGACGCCUUUUCAGCCGUUUGGAAGACGUGUAUCGGCCAACGGUGAACAAGCUCAAAACCAGCUUAUUCCGAUAUUACCUUGUCCAUGCUAUUCAGAAUGGCCGCAAUGACAAGGCACAAGAGUUUUUCCUCAAGCAGGCCUCCGAACUCCAGAACCAGGUGGAGUGGAAGGAUUGGUUUGUCCUGCCCUUCCUCCCUGCUCCAGACUCCAACCCCACCUUUGCCACCUAUUUCUCACGCCAAUGGGCAGAUACGUUCAUAGUGUCUCUGCACAACUUCCUGAGCGUCUUAUUUCAGUGCAUGCCAGUUCCAGUCAUCCUGAACUUUGAAGCUGAAUGUCUCAGGAGCAAUCUCAUACAAGAAGAAAAUGAAUCGCUGCGGCAUAAGCUGUUUGCUCUGCAGGCUGAAUCCUCCCGCAUGAAGAAAGAGGAACUGGAGGUGGAACAAGCAGUUAUGCAUCACAAGUUGCCUGCAUAUGUGGCCAACAUGGAUCGACUUGGGGACUCUGAACUUGAUAUGACCUGCCAUCAGAGGAACACAGCACAUUCUCUUCAGUCCCGGGGGGGCUUUCUGUCCUCUUUUCUCUCCCAAAGUAAAAAGGGCCCUCCCAGACCAGCCCAUUCAACUGGGGCUUCUCCAAUGCAGACUGGCAGUAUGCUGCUGGGGAAGAAAGAACCAACAAAUCACCAGAGUGCCAAAGGAAAAGAAGGAACAGUGAGCUGUAAGGAUGGGAAGAGCCACUUCAGUGGUUUAGUGGCAGGCGAGUCUAGCUCCCUGCAGCAGCGGCAGAAGCGUUUGCAAGAGCAUGGGAAAGAAAGGAAGGAGCUGUUGUCAAAAGGGACUUUCCAGGGCCAAAGUGCUGAGAAGAAAACAGAUACUAGCAUAGCUGAGUCAGAACCAUGCUCAGAGCUGCAUGCUGAGCAAACAGAGACUUCAACCAAAAUGCCUGGCAGCAGUGCAGAGGCUGUGGGGACUCGGCAGGAACAGCCUUUCAUCGUCCUGAGCCAAGAGGAGUAUGGGGAGCACCAUUCAUCCAUCAUGUACUGCAGGGUUGAUUGUUCUGGACGGAGGGUGGCCAGCUUGGAUGUGGAUGGGGUCAUCAAAGUCUGGUCUUUUAACCCCAUAAUGCAAACGAAAGCUUCAUCCAUUUCCAAAUCUCCAUUGCUGUCCCUGGAAUGGGCCACCAAGCGGGAUCGGCUGCUAUUGCUUGGCAGCGGGGUCGGGACAGUUCGUCUUUAUGACACAGAAGCCAAGAAGAAUCUCUGUGAAAUCAGCAUUGAUGAAGACAUGCCCAGGAUCCUCUCGCUUGCCUGCAGCCCAAGUGGUGCCUCCUUUGUCUGCUCUGCCGCAGCCCAGAGCCCCGUCUCCCACAUUGACUUCUCAGUAAUCAACUCUGGGGGCAAAAGCAUGAACCAAGUUCCUGGGAAGCUGCUACUGUGGGACACUAAGACAAUGAAACAGCAGCUGCAGUUCUCCCUGGAGCCUGAGCCCAUUGCUCUUAACUGCACAGCCUUCAACCACAAUGGCAACCUUCUGGUCACCGGGGCUGCAGAUGGGAUUGUUCGUCUCUUUGAUAUGCAGCAGCAUGAGUGCGCCAUGAGCUGGAAGGCACAUGAUGGGGAAGUCUACUCCGUCGAGUUCAGCUAUGAUGAGAACACAGUCUACAGCAUAGGCGAGGAUGGCAAGGUAGGCUAUGGAUGUGGAUUACCUCCUAGUGGUCAACUGGCAGAGAGAUCACUCCUGGAGUCUUCUCCAUAUGGUGGGGACAAUCAUAAAGAUACACUCAGAUUCUGGAUUAAAUGUGGGCUGCUAACUGCAGUCUUAGGUGUGCAGGACCACCCUGCUUCCAUUAAAUCUGCAGAUGAGUGGCUGAAAAUGUGAUAAUGGUUGGACAUGUCUUGGACCUUGUCUGCAAAUCCUACUGUUGGUGACAACUGUUUCCUCGAUAGUCCAUGUGAGGAUGACCUUUCUCUGCCCCUGAGAUCACCACGUUUGAGAUCUGGGAUUCACAGGGAAGCAGAUCAUUGACCACUUUGCAUAAAUCUCAUCGGCAGCUCCCUGCUGUGUUUGUAAUAAAC